AUGAGUGGUAAGGCUGAUUCCCCACAGCAUAUUUGGGAAAAGGAUGUGAAUGUUACGGAUACGAUUGAGGACGAGCCGGACUCAUCUUCGUCAAGUUUAUCGUCUCCAUCUCGGUCCGAACGUGGAAGGACUGCUUUCAAAAGAAGAAAUGUAAAAGAAGACCCACGCUCAGGCUCUCAAAAACCAGUAAGCGAAGGAGGUGCUCUAACACCUAACGCAGCGGCUGAUAUUGUGCAGCUUCCAAAAGAUAAACAUAAUAUUCUUUUGAACUUGGAUAAUGAAAUAGAUAAAAAUAAAGAGAAAUCUGUUGUAGCACGAAAGGGAGUAGUGUACAGUUCUGUAGAAGAUAGUCAGAUCCUAGGGAAUGGUGGUAACAAAGAAUUUAGUAACACAUCUAAUGCAUACAAAGAUAUUAAAAGUUCUAAAGAAUACACUUAUGAUUUUAAAAAUAUUUCAUUACCUGUGAAGUCGAUAAAUACUACAGAUAAAUCACUAGAAACUGUUGCAGAGAAAAAUACUCAUGCGCCUAAAAAGCCGUCAGUUUUAUCUAGUGAAGCACUAGAUCAGAUAACUUUAAUUGUUUCUGAUCAGACAUUUUCCAAAAAUGGUCAUAAUAUUAAGACUCCAAAGAAACCUCACAGUCAUCCUGAUAUGAUAAUGCCAAUUGUAAUUACAAUGCUGGUAGUGCCUAUGUUUGCAGUAAUAGGUUAUUUGGCACUGAAGAAAGGUCAGGAAGCUUGGAAAAAUAGGCAUUAUAAAAGAAUGGACUUCUUACUGGAUGGGAUGUAUAAUGAUUGA